UUGAACGCUCGGACUGAGGAUGCUGUCCUUGGCCUCAGGCUUGGGCACAUUUGGAAAACUCUUGAGCUUUCAGGCAAGAAUGGUUAGUCUUACAUUAUAGGAGAGCUGUUGUCAAGCUGGCUGCUGACCAAAGAUGCUCACAUUCUGGCACUAGGAUCUUCGAGCGGUCCCGAAAAGGACGGCCGCCCGCUGCGGUAUGGCAUCAGCGAAUGCGCUCUUCUGUACUGGCCACGAGGAGGGUUGCUUUAUGAGCAAGGGACAUGACGCGCAGAGAAGGGAGCAGAUCGAAGCCAGACUGGGAUUCUGCCUUAGGCGAUGCUGGCCCUUGCAUCGCAGCACCGCACCCGGGACCUCCUGCAGGACUGGCCGGCUCCAAAGCCGCUGCAAUGCAGGCUCACAGGUCUUCAACCGAGGGGGAAAAGCAGCUGAGCAAUUAUCGAGUGGACUUUUUAAGCAAUAUGACAGAGACUCACGGAAGAAAAGGAGUGGUACUGUGUCUGCUUCUGUUGAUGCAUUUGGAGCUGACGACAGUGGGGAGGAGACGAAGGGGGGCAGCGUGAGAGGGACUAGGCAGAGGGCAGCCAAGAGGGGAGUGCAGAGCAGUGCGAGGGAGGAAUACAAGGCCAGAAUGACAGCAGCACUGGAUGCCGAGCUGAAAGAAGAGAUGGCAGCCUUUGAGAAGCGCAUCAAGGAAUGGACCCCGUCCCAGCUGGCUGAGCAGGGUUACGCCCUUUUCGGAUUAGUCGCCAAACCCGACGGUUACCUGUUCAGGGAGCGGAUCUUCCGCUUUGCCAACCCUGUAGGGGACGGGCUCUUGCCUUCCCAGCACCAGUUUACUCAGGGGGACAUAGCGCGAAUCAGCGUCGGGGGCCCCUCCAUUUUCGAAGAUGGGGAUGCCAUCGAGGGCGUCGUGCUGGAAAGAGCACGAAGGUACUUGCGCCUGGUGUUGCCGGUACGUACCGCCUCGGAGCUGGACCUCACGAAGCAGUACCGGCUCGACCUGUCCGCAAACCAGGUGGCGUAUGAGAGGGCCGUUGCGGCGCUCGAGGCGUUUGCGUCUAGCUCGGGCGAUCCAGUACCGCUCACUCGAGUUGCUCGGGACUCGAAAGCCAACGGCGACAACAGCGUCACGAAAAAGAAAGCCGAAAAGACACCGAAAGUCAAGGGCAAAGACGGCAAGAAGAACGGCGGCAGAGAAAGCACGAACACCGCCUACGGCCAGGGCCUUCACACCCUGCGCUUCGCCCUGCUUUGGCAGGGUGUGAAAACCCUCCAGGCGCAGGUUUUGCAAACGGGGGGUGCCGUAGACAGCGCGGGAGAGACCCCCGAAAAGAUGGCGGCCAAGGCACCCCCCUGGGCCAGCGGGAAAGAGCUGGGGAGUUUGAAAGGGGGGGUCAGGAAACAGCUGGCGAAACUCGAAGAAAGAGGGGGGGUGAAUAAGAGCCAGGCAAAGGCGAUUGAGGCGGCGAUGACGCGGCGGCUGACGCUUUGGCAGGGGCCCCCAGGUACGGGCAAGACACGAACGCUGCUCCACUUCUUGCUGCUCUCCACCAGGCUGCUCGCGCGGGAGCACAAGCCCAUCCUGGCGUGCGCGGACAGCAACAUCGCUGUGGAUAACCUGUUGGAAGGGCUCUUGGAGCUGGGGUUGAAGGUCGUGCGGAUAGGGCAGCCGGUUAAGGUGAAAGCUACUCUGCGGCACGCAACUCUGGAGGCCUUGAUUGCGGACCAUCCCCAGAUGGCACGUGCCGCCUCUCUGCGCGGCCAAUCAGUGACCGCCAGCGCGGAGGCACGUGGCAGCCGCAGCUGGUCCAAGGAACGUCAGCAGAGGGGGGACGCCGCGAUGAAGGCGUGGCGAGCAUCGGAGGACGCAGAGGCGAUUGCGAUCAAAGAGGUUUUGGACGACGCUGACGUCAUCGUGGCGACAUGCAUCGGGGCGGGGGAUCCCGUGCUGGAGGGCCGGACCUUCCGGGUGUGCGUCAUAGACGAGGCGACGCAGGCGACGCAGCCGUCAUCUUUGGUACCGUUAGUGGGCGGUGCCGACAACGUGGUUCUGGUGGGCGAUCAGAAACAGCUGCCCCCGACGGUCAUCUCGCUCGAGGCCGCCAAGGCCGGCCUAGAGGUGAGCCUCUUCGAGGAGCUCCAGAGGAGCGGUGUGAAAACUUUCCUGCUGGACACGCAGUACCGGAUGCACCCCGCGCUGGCCGCUUUCCCGUCGCAGCACUUUUACGACGGCCGGCUGACGUCAUUCCCGACGCCCGAAGACCGGCCGGCACCGAAAAGGUUUGCGUGGCCGGACGCCAGCCGCCCGAUCGCGUUCCUUGACUGCAGCGACGGCAGGGAAGAGAUCAGCGGGGAGAACUCCCGCAUGAACCAAGCCGAAGCUAGCAUGGUAGUCAAGACGGUAACGGAGCUCCUUCAAGGGGGCGACCUACCGUCCGCAGAGGCCAUUGGAGUGAUUGCACCGUACAGCGGACAGGUCCGAUUGCUGCAAGACCUUUUCUUCUCGCCGCCCAACACGAGCGGCGCCGCCCGUCGAAUGUUUGACGGGUUAGAGGUAAAGACCGUCGACGGUUUCCAGGGCCGCGAAAAGGAGGUCAUCGUGUUGUGCACCGUCCGAUCCAAUACGGACGGCCAGCUGGGGUUCGUCGCAGACGCCCGGCGGAUGAACGUGGCCCUGACGCGAGCCAAGCGCGGCCUUAUUGUGGUUGGCAACCAAUCGACGCUUAGCAAGCAAGAUCCCUGGCGUAGCUGGCUGGCAGGUUUGAGCACGAUAGACGAUGAUUUAAGGAAGCUAAAGCGUUCGGCAAAUUUGUCGGAGGUUGUCGUAUGACAGAUUAGACCGAGCGACAAUUAAUCAUUGAGUUGCUGGAAUGAUCAGUAGGUAAAGCUAGAAGCGCGCGUAACUCUAAACGCUUUCCGUGAAGGCUGGAAUGGCAUGUAUGAUUACACUCAGUGAGCCAGCCCUGGGAUUCCAAAUCGAAAGAGUUCACUUAACA